AAAAAAGGUUCUUGUGUGGGCGGAGGAAAAGCCUAGUAUUUUGUCCGUCCUGAAAUUUGAUUCAGAAGUUCAGGAUCCUGGAAGACAAAAAGCAAACGGAGGGGGAGGGCAGAAAGGCAGAGACGGACGGAGGGUUUUGUUUCCUUUUUUUUUUUAAUUUCUUUUUUAUUUAUUUAUUUUUUACUGCGGGACGAGUAAACUCACCAAAUACUCCGCAAGCUCCGACACAAGCUGAGUGACUAUGAGCACCUCGGGGCUUCAGGCCACUAACCGGCAGAACGUGAAGGAGCUCGACAGCAUGAAGGAGUCCAUUAGCGACAUUAUCAACCAGCUCCAGGACAUCGACCCGGCCAGGCUCUCCUUCUCCCCCUUCCUGGACCUGGAUACUCAGAUCUCUUUGGCGCCGGUGUCAGACAGCCCCGAGUCCUCGGUGGAGGAGCUGCACUCGUCCUCCCACUCCGUCUCCGGCUCCCAGCGCUCCCUUGAACCGCCACCAGCAACCGAUCAGCCAAGGAGCUCUGCUCCCUGCCACCACCAGCCCAGUGACGGCCUCCCAGAAGAGCCACGAGCAGAUCAGACAGAAGAGGGGGAGCUGGAUCAAACUCUUUCCAGUCCCAUCAUCACAGCGCACAAUUUGGACGCUGCCACGGAAAACUGCAUCAGCACUCCAACGCUGGCCUCUCAGGGAGACAUUCCCAACGGCACAGACACACCGAGAUGGAGUCCAGAAUCCACCAAUCUGGACUGCAGUGUGGACGAAGGUCGACCUCUGAUUGGCCCGCCGCCAGAGAGCGUGGAGCUGACGGUGUGGAGCUCGGAGGGGCGGGGAGGGACUUGCGAGGGGGCAGAGGAGGCUUCAGAUCGGAGACGAUGCUGCUGCCGCUGCUGCCAGUGUAGAUGCUGUCAGAGCGGCCGAGUUCCCGCUUUCAUCUCAGUCCUGGCCUCUAUUCUGUGCGCAGCUGGGAUCCUCUAUGCACUCUAUUUCCAUGUCCCCAUUAAACCCCCCGACUUCCCCGACAUAGCCAGCCGCAUCGUUUUCACCGUCUGCUGCUGUGUGGUGGCAGCCAUCCCCAUCCUGCUCGCAAUGCUCAUGGGUGCAGCGUGCCAGUUCUGCACCGGCUCCUUCAAUCUGCAGGAGUCACUUCCCAGAAGACGGGCGGUACACCAGCUGUUUGUCACUGCGUCCUCGGAACAGUUUCUCCUCUAUGUCCUCAACCUCGUCGUUAUGGCCGCUUUACUGCCUCAAGACCAGCUGAAGUUGGUGCCUAUACUGGUUGCCAUGUUCAUCUUUGGAAGGCUCGUUUACUGGGUCAGCCUGAACGUCUGCAGCUCCUGGCGAGGCUUCGGCUCCGGCCUGACUGUCUUCCCGCUCCUAGCCAUGGUGGCUCUCAAUCUGUUCCUAGUGUACAUCCGGAAUCUCGAGAGCCCACAUUUUGGCUCUCAGGACGUCCUCUAUAAUCAGGUCACCCCCUCUUCCUGGUCAGGGGAGACUUCACAGAGCCCGAGCGGCAAACCAGACAUCCUACCCACAUUCAUCCUGGACUCUCAGUGAGGAUGCGAGCUGCGCUUUCUUCUUUCAGAAGAGGAGAUCUUUCCAAAAAUAGGUCAUUCCUGUGGUCUGCAGUUCAGCACAGCUACACACGCUGCCACUAUAACCUCCAAGUCUGUGACGGCUUAACUUGUAUUUUUGCUCCUCCUAUACAGGACUGGGUUGUUUUUUGUUUUGUUUUUUUAAAUGUGGAUUCAUGCUUAUUAUCUAAAAUGCAAGAGCUCUUUGCCUGCUAGUGGUGGACGAAGCCUUUGAACAAUGCUGUAGUCUUAAAACGUGUCCUUUUAAGCUAUUCCAGUGCCUAUAUUUAAUGUUUUGAACUCUUGAGUACUAAAAAACUGUGCUAUAUAUAUAUAUAUAUAUAUAUAUAUAUAUAUAUGGCUGAAUUGGUUUUGACUUUAAAAAACAACGAGCAAAGCAACUUCAAUUCUCAGACUUUAUUAUUA